UUGGAAAACGAGUGGAGGCGUACCCCGAAAAGACAAUAAAUAAACAAUCAGCAUAAAACGGCAAUGACAUGCCAAGGCAGUGAGUGAUUCAGUGCAUUGCCGUACGCAUACUUGUGGUUACAAAGACACAGCACUUUACAGUAUCGUGGGCAUCUCCCAUUAUCUGCUCAGAGGCCGUUCUUGUUGAACGUUGUUCUGUUUUGACGAAUUGCGAUUUGUUUCAACAUCAUACCUAAGCUGUAUAUGCAUGUAACUGAACAGUCAACAUCGGAUCACUAUGGCUAUUGAAUAUCGUCAUAUGUUUGUAGUAUGGUCCACUUUUAUUAUUACUUGUUUUCUUAUCGCCAACAAGAAACAACCACCAAUCUCUCCUAUUCCAUUAAUGAUGAACCAUGGAGAAAGGAUUGUGCUUGGAGGAAAGGUUUUAGAGAGUAUCUCUUUCGUAAAUAGAGAAAGUGAAAAUCAAUUACGAAAUGUGUCACGAUGUUACCGGCAGGUACAAAUAUGGAGGGGAAGAAAUAUUCCCGAUGCUCCCCAAACAAAUGAAUGUCCCGGGCUGAACUGCGGGAUUAGAUUAUUGAAGGAUACAAGUUAUGAGACGAUGAAACACAGUGAUGCUAUAGUUUUUUAUCAUACAUCACCUAUUAAUUGGGAAGAAUUACAAAAGAGACGGCGGAUUCAUCAAGCUUGGAUUUUCUUUUCAAUAGAACCUCCUCCACUAACAAAAAAAAGUGUUGUCCCACCACUUGAGCUCGAUCGUAUAUACAACUUCACCAUGUCUUACAGGCCAUCGUCGUCGAUACACAGUCCAUAUGGAAUUUACACACCUAAAUCACAUAUAAAAGGUUUUAAAGCGAACCGAAAUUGGGCCAAGGAGAAAACUGGAUUAGUUGCUUGGGCAUCAUCAAGAUGUAUUGGAAGAGGCCUUCACCUUCAGACCUGGCGGCGUCGCGAAUUCGUGGAAACUCUGGGGAAACAUGUAAGUAUUGACGUAUACGGAAAUUGUGGAAACAAAACGUGUGAAAGACAUUCCGAUAAAUGCGGGAGCAUCCUCGGGUCUCACAAAUUUUACCUUGCUUUGGAGAAUAGCGAAUGCAGGGACUACAUCACGGAAAAAUUUUGGGUCAACGCUCUCCGCUACAACAGUGUACCCAUUGUCUAUGGACCGCCACGGGAAGACUACGAGCGUGUUGCACCACCAAACUCGUUCAUACAUCUUCAGGAUUUUAAUAAUUUCAGCGAACUCGUUGAUUACAUUAAUCUUCUCGAUUCUACUGAUACAUUGUACAAUACUUAUUUCAAGUGGAGGGAAAAAGGGAGCAUAAGAUUCGAAGGUGAAGGCAAAGUUCUGAGACCGCCUUUCUAUUGUAAAAUGGUAAAUACAUUAUUGGAAAAUGGCAAUUUUAGUGCUGAGCCAAAGGUGGAAAGGCAGCAUCCUUCAAUCCAUGAUUUUUGGACGAAAUCAUGCAUCGAACCAAGUGGUUUUCCACAUGACUUUUGAAAAAGGCGCAAUUCUAGAACAUAAAUUUUGAAUGGGGAUUUCAGCAAUUUUCGACGUUUAAUACAUUGGAAAUGGCCUAGCAAUCGAUAAGAAGGGGGAGAAGAAUUAAGAACGAACUUGCAUUGCUUUUCUUUCAAGGUGUGUCAUUUACUGAUACGCGAAAAAAGUGAACGGCCAAAAAUUCAUAGAUUUGCUCCCUCAUUAAUUAUGUAGGGUGAAGUAGGGAGGUAAAUUAAAAAAAAAAAAAAAUGUUGGGUAUUCUACUGCAUUACAGGGGAUUACUAAUUUGCUAUACUCUUACUUUAUGGGAGCAAUGAUGUAUUCUGCAUUUAGAUGUUUUUUUGCGAGGGAGUGUGUAGUGACAAAUCGAGAAAAUUUUGAAUAUAAUAAUUUUUACUUUAAGAACACUGGAGGAUAUGAAUAAAACAAUGCAUCAGUUAUCAUAUAGGGCCUUCAUAGACAUUGAUUAUCUUUUUAGGAGGGGCUUCAUUCCCUAGAGCUCCCCCUAGAAUGGCGCCUGAUUUGGAAAAACAUAACAGAAUAAUUAUUAACCCUGCCUAUUUAUUCAUUUAUUCACUCAUUAUGACCUCAAUUUAAAUACUGCUAUUUAGAGCAUUGAUUUCUUAAUAAACACAAAUCCUGCCCUAAAUUAAAACUUUAGUUUAAAACACUCGUUCACUCAGCACGCUCACCAGACCGUAGCUAGGAUUUUGUCAGCAGAGGAGCACGGGGGCGGGGCUUUGUAUUUUGUAGGGGGUACCAACAUAGAUUCAUUUAUCAAGUAUUUAUUAUAAAGCACAUAAUUAACUUUAUUUUCAUAAGCAAUAUUAAGUAUCCAAGGCCUGAUUGAAUAAUGCGAGCGCGAAGCAGUUUUUUCGUAUAUGCCAUGAAACUUAGAGCUGAAAGUUAAAAAGUUCAACAAUUCGUAAGUGUAAUUAUGAACAUGAUUCGUAUCUAAUUAUAAUGAUAACAUUUCAGAAAUAUUUAAUAUUAUGACAUGAAAACAGAGCAUUUAAUACAUAUCUUUUUAAUAACUAAACUAUUAAUGUGAGCGCAAAGCGCAAUCUUCUUUUUUAUAUUCCAGUUCAUAAACUGGACAUUUUAAUGACGUUUUGAAAUGAAGAAUGCUAUGUAUCUGUUAAAAAAAAAAAGUACAAGCGCCAGUUGGCUUUAACGAAAAUAGAAACGAAACAUUCUAAGGCCUGAUUGAAUGCUCAAUCGGUAGUGAGGAGGUAUCGGAUUCCGGUGGCCUGGGUUCGAUUCCCACUUGGUGCGCUAGUGCCAAGUAAGGCAUUUAAAUGCCUUACUAGUAAUGCUAGUAAGGCAUUUAAAUCCCCAUUAAAGGUCCCUCGGAGACUACCGUAAGCCAUCGGACCUCUGGUCUCUAGCUUAGAAGCAUUCAUGCUUUCUUAGCAAAUGAGGUAAAAUAAAAAUCAAGAAAUCAGAAACAAUAUUAUUUUUAAGAGCUCACUUGCAAAAAGGGGUUAGGUCCAUUCAAAUAAAAACAAUUGCAUAUCAAAGAUAAAAAAAAAACUAUAUAACAAUCCGUCAAAAUAUCAAACUGAGUGAUUUUCGACAUUCUUUACGAUUUUACCCUAAAAAUGACACUUUUACGAAAAGGCGCGCUUGGCAUCUGGCCGUACGUUUAUUCCUGGGUAUUUUUGCAAUAUUUUUAGCUGGGAUGCCAAGCAUUAACAAACUUUGCCGUCGAAUCCUUAUUUGGGCGAUUCCACACUAAAACUUCAAAAAUAUCAUAAACUUUUAACAUGCUUUCAAUAAGUGUUUGUAGUGUAAUAUUUUACUAUGAUACCUAGUUUUAACCAAAAGUGAAGUCAGAUAUAUAUAUAUAUAUAUUUUUUUUUUUUUUUUUUUGGGGGGGGAACAAAUGGAAUUCUAAAUUUUCAAUAAUUUUGCUGAUUAAAUAGUAAAGUACAAACACUGCUUGAAACCAUUAUUGGCAAAUCACAAGAAGAUUGAAAAUAUUGCAGGUCGAUGGAAUAAUGUAUCAAUGAUGGUUCCAUAUAAUAUCUACAACAUUUUCACGACCAUAAUAGGGGCAGGCAUGAUUUUUCCGACCAUAUUUUUGGAAAUGACCCGUACGACACAUGAAAUUGCAAAAGUUUUCCAACAUUUUUAUUUUUCAUGAUGCAAUCUUACAAUAUCAGUUUUUCUCUAUUUCACCUAUGGGUGAUCGAUUUAUCCCAUCAGGAUCUUAUUACUAUUCUUCAUUUUUCAAUAAUUGUCCUAUUAAAGUUGUCCCGUACGGCACACAAUAUAUACUAGAUUUCAUUGCAGGAUUUGGAUUUAGAAACUAUAAACAGAAGGCCUAUUCUAAUUUAUGUAACUGAUUUGACAUAGAACAUGAAAUAGGUGAUUCUAAUCAUUUUAAUUGACCUAAUGUAGGCCUAUUAUUUUGUGAGUCCCUUUAGCUAAACUGGUGAUUUUCACUGGUCAGAGCUGGUUAAUUUCUUUGUCAUUGAGCAUGAAAAGAAAACAUUUAUAACUAAUUCACCCUAGUAUGGAAGAUGAUUUCCUCUUGCAUGCUAUUGUGAAAUUGUUAUUAGAUGUAAGAAAACAAAUCUUUACAUAUCAAUCAUUUAUUUGGACCUACCUUGAUGAUCAAUAAUUUUUAUUUAUACAGUAUUGAAACUCCUUACUUUUAUCAAGUUGUUUAAAAUUCGGGAAAAUAAGACAAACCAUGUCAAAAAAUUGAAAAUAAGACAAAUCAUAUGGUUUCAUGAAAUUCAGAAAAGUUUAAAAAAGUAAAAGCGCAUUUCUUUAGAAAAAAAACCUUUUGAGGAAUUACUAGUGACAGUUGUGACAUAUAUCAUAUACAUACAUUUUUAUGAAAAUUCAUAAAAUUUUAGCCCCAUAAUUAAUACAAACACAGAUUCAUUCAUUCAUUGUUUAAAUGUUGUAUUUUAAAUCAUCACUUAAUUCAAUGAAAAUUAAAUUCAUACAAAACCUCAUUUUUUAAAGUUCUUUAAAUGCUGUGCACCAUUGUUCAUUUCCCUUCAUGAAAAAAAAAACGAUGAUAUAUUAUUCCCAAUUGAACAGUGCGUCCCAGAAAAAACGAAACCGAGAUUUAUCGAUGAUUUAUCAUAACUUAAUCACAA